UCUUCCUUGCUCUGUUUCUCUUCUCUCUCAUCUUCAUCUGUAGCAAGUCCCAAUGGCAUGUGUUCGCCCCACUCCUACGUUACUCAACUAAAAUUUCAUUUCUCUUCAAGGGACUUAGGCUUCUCAGCUUGUGCCCCUUCUCCCUCAACCUCUAGCUUUAUGAAUGCAUUUCUGAAGGGGAAAUUUGUCCCUUGAAUCUUACGCUAUCUGGUGUGCUGAUUAGUUUCUGGAGUUGGGAAAAUGGGAGGAGGAGUCGUGCAUUUCUGGGUCUAGAGUUUGGAAGAGAAAGAAAACAUUUUUCAGGCUUUACAUAAUGCCAGUUCCGCUUGCCCCUUAUCCGACGCCCCCCGCUCCAUAUAGUCCUCCGUCAAAUGGUGCACAGAGUCAGCUUGUUUGUUCUGGGUGUAGAAACCUUCUAAUGUAUCCUGUUGGAGCCACCUCUGUUUGUUGUGCUGUUUGCAAUGCAGUCACAGCUGUGCCUCCUCCUGGUAAGCUCAAGCUUCUUCUCCCUUUUCAAGGUUCAAUUUGCUGCCCAUACCCCUCUCUUCUUUCGGUCAAGGGACUAUUAAUUAGACAGUCAAAGGAGAAGCAUGUUUGUGUGUGGACAGGCACUGAAAUGGCCCAGUUGGUUUGUGGAGGCUGCCACACUUUACUGAUGUACAUUCGUGGAGCCACCAGUGUUCAAUGCUCUUGCUGUCACACUGUAAAUCUAGCUUUAGAAGCAAAUCAGGUGGCUCAUGUCAACUGUGGGAACUGCAGGAUGCUGCUGAUGUACCAAUAUGGAGCAAGAUCCGUGAAAUGUGCUGUUUGCAAUUUUGUGUCAUCCGUUGGGGUCUCAGCAGGCACGACUGAACAGAAGUUUAAUACCUAAACUUGUGACCAAGUCAUUACCACAAUCUCUACUUGCGUGUUAGAUAUUUCUCUUACUAAAGAGUACGUAUCAGAGCGCAGAAGUGGUUUAUCCACAGUCACAUGUAUAGAGUUAUUUUUCCCUUGCGUGGAUUAAUGAAUGAUUUCGGUGGAUUUAGUGUACGGAUAUUAUUAUCUUAUAUUAAGAUUCCUGGUAAUGAGUGUUUU